AUGGACGACGCUGACGUUCUGGAUUGGGACGAAGACGAUGGCCACACUGGCCCUAUUGGCGCUGAGGAUGAUGAUGAUGCGGUCUCACUGGGCUCCAUUCACGAAGAAGAAGAAAUCCAGUCAGAGCCAGCUGGUGACUCCCAACCAGACCCACCGCCCGUCUCCAAACCCCCUUCUCCAGAACCUUUGGCUGAAAAGCCUCAGAGGUCUCCUUCGCCGCAUCGUGGAAGAGGGGAGAGACAGCGGAGUCAUAGAGACCGCAAGCCUAACAAGACUCCGCUCACACAGCCCAUCACACACGCUCUCCCCCCCAAACCUAUUUCUGCAACACUCGCUUUCAGCUACUCAAGCACCACGUCGGCGACUUUGAUGGCCAGUAGUCUUAAGGACUCCCAAGAUAAUAAAACGAAACAGGCCACGAAUGGGCCCGGUACCUCGCCCUCAAACAAGCCCAGCUCCGCAUACAGGGAGCGCGAGCCUUCCUCAAGUGACCGCGAAAUCAAGCUGCCCAAUAGACACGCAAGCCCACCUUCACCCAUCUCUCAAGUUGCAUCGAGAGCAGCGGCUCCUCAACCAAAAGGCACGUGGGAUCGUCCCCGCGGAGAAGACCGUAGCAAAGACCGUGACCGCCACCUACAUGCUGUCGACGAUCGCGAAAGGCCCAUACGCGGGCAUCAAGCUCGUGACGAGCCAUCCAAAUAUUCAACUCGCGAGCGCGAAAGAGAAGGAAGAGAACGCGGACCUGAAAAAGAGCGACCACAAGACCGACAUCGAGACAAAGUCUCUGCUUCUGGCGAAGACUCUGCCAUGUCUUACCAGGACCGACACUACCGCCCCAAAGAUAGCGACCAGACAGACUUGGGAUACGUGACUAACGAUUCUGACCGUCACAUACACAGUGUUGGACCUGUUGGACCUCACAGGGGUCGAAGUGAACGAGAAUAUCCUGACAAUAUAGCAGCUGGGUCUUCUGAACGCGAGCGCAACCGUGGCGACCGAGAACACGUACCACCCCAAAAUUCGUCCUAUUUGGAUGAUGGUGGGAGACGAUCGUAUCCAGGAGCUGAUGGCCGUGGUCGAGAGCGGGAUUCUGGCUACCGAAGAGAAAGUGAUAAUGGCUGGCCCUCGCGGGACCGCCCUUCACAGGCGUUUGAUAGCUCCACAUCUAGAAAGCCUCAAGAUUUGGAUCUCCGCAACAGUAAUGGCCCUAGCACCACUAACAACCUUCGUGACAUGCCUCCACUACGAGACGAUACGAUUGGUCGUCCUUUGCCGAAACAUCAUCGCGAACGUGACCAAACACGCACCACCGAUGCUCCUCCCAGAAAUCCACGACGCAGAUCCAACUCUCGUUCGCCUUCUCGGGAGCGACAUCAGGAACACCGUGGACCCCGAGAGAAAUGGGGCCCACCACGUCCACCCCCACCGCCACCACUACCAGAGUCACAGAGAGGACAUGAACGCGCCACACGAUUUAGUCCUAAUAUGGUCACACAAACACUGCCGCCAAUGAACGCUGAUAACAGGCCUGAAUUCACCAAACCAUCUCAAAACGACAUCGACGCCUUCGUGCCUGAUGAAUUCUUAGAGGAUAAUAAGGCUCGCGAGAGAGAGUCAGGAAACCAAGCAGUGGGUAUCAGAAUGGAUAUCGAUCAGGACAAGCACGAUGAGCCAAGCUUUCGCCCGAAACGCCAACCUCUACCGUCGCAAGAUCAGAUUUUUCAGGAGAGUGGUCCUCCUCGUGUGCCUCCUCAUUCGUUCGGCUCAGCGCCAAGAUUCGGCCAAUCAGGGCCACCCUCAGGGCCUCGUUAUUCCCGAGGUGGUGGAGUCAAUGGUGAAACCCGUAGCCUGCACUGGGAAAGAGAACGGGAUCCAGUCCGCGAGCGGGAUAGAGAGCGUCCUCCGUCUAUGCAUGCUGAUGUUGAUAUGCCCCCGCCACCACCACCAGGUCCUAGCUCUGCUUCAACGCAACCCCCCUUACGCAAUGGGUCAACACUGUAUCAUGAUCGAGACUCUGCUUCGACCUCGGCCAACGAGGCGCCAAGGGGCCCGCGAGCGAUGAACUCUUCCGCGCCUCCGAUCAACGAAGGUCCAAUAGGUUAUGGCUCCAAUCGCGGGAGGAGAUCACCGCCACCAUUUGGUGCUCGAGGUAUGGGUAGAGGAGGUCUUCGAGCCCGAGUGGUACCACCGCCAUCUAUGUCCACUGGCCCCAGCGUCACAAAUUCCAGUCGUCCGCCAAUGGAUAACACUCCCCAACAAGAAUCGCAAUCGGCGGGCAGAUUUGGGGCUUCUUCCGGAUAUGGGUUUAAUAGCGAGCCUGGCUUUCCGGACAUGAACCUUCGUGGAAGAAGUAGAGGAAGGGGUCGCGGUCGCGGUCGAGGGGAUUCUGGACAUGGAGGAUACUCCCGCGAUACUUUUCCUGGAAGUGGGCCCGAUUCAAUCCCCAAUCGAUAUAACCAAGCACCCAUAUCUACUCGUUCCAAAGAGGCAUAUGAAGAACCUUCUUCCUUCGAUGACGAUGGGCGAAGGUCAAGCUACUCAGAAGGCGUCAACUUCCCUCCUACCUCUACACGAGGUCCGCCUCAACGUUCUUCGAACUGGGAACACAACCGGCAAGACCGAUCCCGCAGGGACGAUGAUUCAGCUCGCUAUCCCGAGGGUGACCAGAGUCGUUCACGUGCAAAUUUAGAAGAUCGUAUGUCGCACAGCGAGCGGUACGAGCGCUCAGCGUCGCAGCCAUCGAAGUCACCACAGUCUUCUCGACAUCCUCUACCAAUGAACCCGAUGCGGCCACAUGCGCCACCAUCACCUGGGAGAGUGUAUCCAACCGACUUUGAACGAAACGGGAGGCGUGGCUCAGUUGAUGCUGAUCGAACAACAAUGGGGCAAAACGAGGGGCCGCUUUUGGAUCGUGUUGGCGGUUACGAUGAUCCACGCCAGUCGAAAGCGCCCAUCCGUAUCCGUCGUCCUGGACCUGAUAGUGCACUAUAUAUGGACACUCCUUCAGACACACUACCACCACCACCACCAGAGCGACGCCAGCGAAUCUCACUCCUGGAUCGCAUUGCCUUAUCGAAUACAUUGAGUGAGCGGGUACAAGCCAUACCAGCCAAGCGAGAGUGGGCUGAUGUCGAUGGACCGGAUAGUGCAGAUGAAGAAGAAGAAGAUGGUAGCGGGAAGCGGAAGAAAAAGAAUAUCAAGCCCAAGCGCAAGAAACUCUCAAUGUAG